AAUAGCCAAAGCUUCAUCGCGCAACUGCGACAGCUAGCUUUGGAAAAGCUGCGAAAAUAUCGAAAACACUUUAGUUUGGAUAUUCGUCGAGUAUGUUGCGUUGUUUCGCGCUAGUUUUAGCUCUCCUGUCAGCACAGAGCUUCCAGUUUGAGUUUAAACAUCACAACAACGAUGAUCUGGUCGCUGUUUUGCAGGAUGUGAACGCGAGAUGUCCGAAUAUCACUAGGAUCUACACUUUGAGUGAGAAUUCAGUGUUGGGGUUGCCGCUUUAUUUCAUCGAGUUUUCCACUAACCCAGGGCGUCAUGAAAUUCUUAAACCGGAGUUCAAAUACAUCGCUAAUAUGCACGGAAACGAGGUUUUGGGCAGGGAAUUGCUGCUCAAGCUGGCAGAUUUCCUCUGCGAUGAGUACACGAAGGGAAAUAAACAGAUUAGGUCUCUAAUCAGGACGACGAGGAUCCAUCUAAUGCCGAGCAUGAAUCCUGAUGGAUGGCAACUGGCAACGGAUACUGGUGGCCAGGAUUAUUUGACUGGAAGAACAAACAACAACUCAGUGGAUUUAAAUAGGAACUUUCCCAAUUUAGAUAGGAUCAUUUUCACGAACGAAGAGCAGCACCUUAACCAUAACAACCAUUUGCUAGAAGAUCUCACACACCUGGAUCAACCACUCCAGCCAGAAACAAAAGCUGUGAUUCGUCUUAUAAUGCAAGUUCCCUUCGUACUAUCUGCUAAUUUACAUGGAGGGGAUCUUGUAGCUAAUUACCCCUAUGAUGAUAGCAGAUCUGGCAGACAAAAUGGAGAAUAUACUGCCACGCCUGAUGAUGAAACCUUUAGACACUUAGCAUUAUCGUAUUCCUCUUACCAUGCCGAUAUGGCAAACCCAAAAAGAAAAGGCUGCGGUGACUACGAAAGCCAAGAUUUUCCUAAACAAGGUGGUAUAACAAACGGUGCCAAAUGGUACGCACUACAAGGAGGUAUGCAAGAUUUUAAUUAUCUUUCAAGUAAUGAUAUGGAAAUUACUUUGGAGUUAGGCUGUGAAAAAUAUCCACCAGCAUCUGAAUUAGAACCUGAAUGGGAGAGAAAUAAAGAUGCUCUCAUUAACUUCAUAUGGCAGGCUCAUAUUGGUGUAAAGGGAGUAGUAUACGACAACCAAUCAAAGCGUGGCAUUCCCGGAGCAGUAAUACAUGUUAGAAACAUUACAGAUUUAGAAAAAUCAUAUGAUAUAGAACACGACGUAACUUCAGUUCAUGAUGGAGAUUACUACAGACUGCUGACACCAGGCAAAUACAAGCUCACAGCCUACCGAGACGGAUUCUUGCCCCGAUCGAAAAUAGUGACUGUUCUGAAUAAACCCUUCGAAGAAGCACCCAGGGUGGAUUUCCCUCUGAAACCAAUCACGCGUUGUUCACACCAUCACAAAGGAAGAAAAGGGAAGAAGCGCAGAUGCCACCAUAUAUCAGAAUCCAAACGAACAACUACAUCAACUCUAAGCUAGAUGACGAGUUCGACAACCAGCAGAUCUCCAAUUGGGCCGAAGAAAACGAGCCCAUCCCUGAACCGAUAGCGGUGCAAUAAAAAAUUCCAGUGAACAAUAUUUUUGUGUCAAACUGUAUUUAUUUCAUUAGAGCACAACAUAGAAACUGAAAAGGUUAUUUUAAAUUAAGAAAAAUACUGUGUGGGAAAAGUAAUAGGAUAAUCUUGUCAGUAAAGUACAUCUAAACUGCUUAUGAUCUUGUUCAUUUUUUCACAUUCUUGUUCAUUUGGUAAAAUAACUGUACAAACCUGAUGGUGUGUGUGGCCAUCAGGUUAUUCCAUUGUGACGAUUAUUAAAGACAGUUAAGUGCUGCUGUAGUUUUCUUAAUUUAGAAUUACGUUUUAUACAACAUAAUAUAACAUGUCUUCUUUCUCUAGACUUUUGCACGUACAUAAUUAGAAAAACAACAUUUUUUAGAAACCUGCAACUACUGAUAAGUUGUUGAUAGUUAUCCUGUAACCAAAAAUCUGUAAGUUAAGAAAUAAAUUUUUGUUUUAAAAUA